AUGAUUAAAUAUAAAAUUUAUUAUAAUAAAUUGAAUGGAUAUUACAUAAUUUUAGGUAUAUUAAUUAUUCCAAUUCUACUGAUUUCAUUACAAAGAUAUUCUGUACAUAAAUAUGAUGGAAUACAUGAAGUAUUAAAGAUUUAUUCAACAUUUUAUGAACUAAAAAGGGAUUUAAUGAAUGGGAAACUCAAGUUGAACACUGAAGAAAUUAAAGAAAUUGUAAUUUAUGGAAAAACAACAGUUCCUAUCAAUACUGAACUUCGAGGUUGUUUAGUAUCGAAUUGUGUCCUUCAUGAGACAAAAUGGCGUUCAUAUUAUGCUGAAAUGGUUAUUAUUACCAAUGGUCAUUUUCCAAAUGUUAAAAACAAUCAAAAUCAAGUCUGGUUAGCAUAUCAUUAUGAAGCGCCUCCACAUAGUCGUUUAAAUAAGCUAUUAGGUGAGAAAAUUAAUUUCACCGCUACAUAUAGACUUGAUUCAACAAUACAUUUACCAUAUGGAAAAGUUAUAGAAAAUCUAGAAUAUAAUCAAAAGCUUAAUGAUAGUAGUAGUGAUAUUAGUAGUAUUAGUAGUAGUAGCAGUAGUAGUAAUGGGGAUUUGUCUCAACCACGAAAUAUAUCCGCAUUGAAAAAUAAAACUGUAGCAUGGAUUGUAAGUAAUUGUCAUCCGGAGAGUCCAAGAAAUUUAUACGCUUAUGAAUUAUCAAAAUAUAUCACUGUUGAUGUAUACGGUAAAUGUAGUCAGAGAAAAUGUCAAGAUUCAGAAUGUCAUAAAAUGUUAAAAGAACAAUACAAAUUCUAUUUAAGUUUUGAAAAUUCUCUUUGUCAAGAUUAUAUAACAGAAAAAUUUUUUGAAAACGCUUUGAUGAAUGAUGUUAUACCAGUUGUAAUGGGUGCAUCAAUUGAAGAAUAUAAGAGUGUAGCACCACCGAAUUCUUUCAUACAUGUUGAUCAGUUUUCUAGUCCAAGACAAUUAGCUGAAUAUUUACAUUAUCUAGACAAAAAUCAUACAGCAUUUAAUGAAUAUUUCAUUUGGCAGAAUAAAUGGAAAGUAUUAUCAUUUCCUGGACGACCAGAAUGUGAUUUUUGUUUAUUGGCUAAUGCUUUGCCUAGUCUCAAACCGUCUUGGUAUAGUGAUAUUAAUUCAUGGUUUGACAAAAGUUGUCAAGAAAGGAAGCUGAAAUGGAAAGGAAGCCAAAAAGAUUUCUCUGCAGCUAUUUGGUUUUCUAAUUUAAAACAAAAUAAGAUCUUGUAA